AUGGACGCCUUCGAUGACUAUCAGCAUGAUUAUUAUUACUCAGAGAACUAUACUGACUAUGGUUUUUUAAAUGGCACAAUAGGGUACACGGAUUGUCCUGGCUCACGCCUCCCUGGAUCCAGCAUGUUUGUGUCCAUUCUGUACUUCCUUAUAUUUUUCACAGGCUUUCUGGGCAACCUCUUUGUGAUCUUGGUGGUGGGCCUGAAAGGAAGGACAGGUCGGCGUCUGGUGGACACAUUUAUUGUUAACCUAGCCCUGGCCGACCUCGUCUUCGUCCUCACUCUUCCUCUUUGGGCCGUUUCCGCCAGCCAGGGCGGCUCCUGGGACUUUGGGGCAGCUGGGCCGCUCCUUUGUAAACUAAGCAGUUACAUCAUAGCUGUAAACCGUUUCUCCAACAUCUUCUUUCUCACCUGCAUGAGUGUCGAUCGCUACCUGGCCGUGGUGAAGGUGUUGGACUCAAGGUACCUCAGGAACAAACGGUGCGUCCGUACCACUUGUGCCGCCGUGUGGUUUGGCUCCCUGGUCCUUGGCAUCCCAUCACUGGUGAUCCGCACGGUGGUGCAGAAGGGCGACGGACCCGCCUGCUUAGAGGAUGACGGAUCACCCUUUUUACUCGGCCUGAGCCUCACCACGGCGUUACUCACCUUUUUCCUCCCGGUGCUGAUCAUUGUGCUCUGCUACGGCACCAUUGUUGUGCAUCUCAACCGCCACUGUGCAGCAAAUCCCAGGGCUAAAGCGCGCCGCAGGCACUCCCUCAAGAUGGUCUUCUGCAUCGUAGUGGCCUUCGUGGUGUCCUGGCUCCCCUUCAACGUCGUCAAGGUUGUCAUCAUUGGCUCGGAGCUCGCAGGCGUUAACCUGACUUGUGAUGCUCUGUCGUGGCAAAGCAACGGGCUCCUCGUCUCGUGCUGCGUGGCGUUCUUCAACAGCUGUGUGAAUCCAGCCAUCUACUUCUUCCUCGAUCAUCACUUCAGGAGAAGGGCCGCGAUCCUGUUCAACACCGUCACAGGGAGGCCAAAGUUACUGCAGAACUACAACUUUUCAGCCUCAUUCACCAACGCUGGAACUUCAGAUAGCUAUGGAACAACAGCCAACUCAGCUGCAGAUGUGUAAGUAAGAGGAGAAUAUUUGGAAAGAUAUUCUAGUAUUAUUAGGAAGUAUGUUAAAAAUGGUCAUACUCAUCUUGAUAAUAGGGGACGUUGUCAUUAUUUUUCUCAAGGCAUGGUUAAAUAUGCAAAUAAGUUUAACCACAUGGUGGUUUGUUUCAGUUAAUAUGAUAAUGUGAUUUACUUUGUCAAAUAUUUCCUUUAUUCAAAUGUUCUUCAUUCAAAAACAUGCUUUUGUAGGGUUUAAGUGUAUAAUAUA